AGUAGCACUUUUGUUUCAGACAAUAUUUUUUCAGAAGAAAUUAAAACUUGUAUAUAUUAUUUUUAAUUUAGAUCAAAUUAUAUAAUAUAUAUAUAUAUAUAAAAAAAAGUAUGGUACGGUAUUCUUGUUCAGCAAAACAAAAGAUGAAGAAAGGAUUGUGGUCUCCUGAAGAAGAUGAGAAAUUAUACAAUCACAUUACUCGUUUUGGCGUCGGUUGCUGGAGUUCUGUACCUAAGCUUGCUGGUUUGCAAAGAUGUGGUAAAAGUUGUAGAUUAAGAUGGAUCAAUUACUUGAGACCAGAUCUUAAAAGAGGAAUGUUUACUCAAGAAGAAGAAGAUGUAAUUAUUAAUCUUCACCAAAUUCUAGGAAAUAGGUGGGCACAAAUAGCAUCACAAUUACCAGGAAGAACAGAUAAUGAGAUCAAAAACUACUGGAAUUCUUGCCUCAAAAAGAAGUUAAUGAAACAAGGAAUUAACCCAGAAACUCACGAGUCUUUACCAUCUCAAACACAACCCAACAACAAUAAUGGCUUUAAAAACACAUCAGAACCAAGUCUAACCAACACAAAUGCUACAGUGUUCAGCAGUUCAUUACAACAGCCUGAGCCAGCAUCAGCUUUUGUGGGGCCCUCUCAAAGUUAUAUGGAUAUGCUAAGACCAAUGAUUGAAUCAUCACAUCAAUACAUGACCAUGGUUCCUACAAUCACCAAUUUUGAUGAUCAUAAUUUGGAGAAAGAAAAUUUGGGUUCAGAAUCUUUGAUGUUCUAUGAAGGAAAAGAAUGUUCUAGUAGCAGUAAUUCCAUUAACGGGAUGUUUUCAUGGGAAAAUCAGUCAGAAAAUGUUCAGUUUCCUGUUAAUUAUGGUGGGUUGAUCAAGACAGAAUCACUUGGUCAUGAUCAAACUAGUUCAUGGGAGGAAGAUCAACUCAAGUCACUUUCAUUGCCUGAAGAUUUAUUGGCAACAAAUUGUGGCAAUUUUGAUUAUUUCUUUGAUUCAGGGUUAAGGCCGGAGAAUCUCCUACAGGUAAGAGGGGGGAUGAGUAAUUAAUUCUUCAAUCUGGUUGGUGAUGAUAAUUGAACAUUUAUAAUAAGGGUGAAAAAGAAAGUAUAUAAUCACUAAAUCAGUCGAUGAUUAUUCGUUGACGACUUGAAGUAAAGGGGGGAGUGUAUAGGCUCACAUGAAAAAUAUUGUUAAUAUGGUUCGAGUGUGAAUUGAUUCAAUCAAUUAUAAAAAUACCUAUUAAAGUACUUAUUAUAUAAAACAUGACCGGAAAAAAUAGUUGGGAUCAUCAAUUUAUUUUUAUUAUCAAUUAGUUUUGAGAUACAACUUUGACUAUAAAUGAGUUGUCAUGCAUGGAAUGGAAAAGGCAUCACUUGGUAUACUAUAAAGACAGUACAAGUAAAUGCUGAAAUAAACUAUACAUUACUCCUAGUAUAUGGAAAAAAGUGUACCACUAGCAUUUACUAAUUUUGGGGGGUAAAUUGGGGCAAUCAGUUUGUUACAAUUUCUUAUUUCAUUGUCAAUUUAAUGGGUUAAUUUUGUGAAAAUGUUUUAUUCAAGGUAUUUACUCUCAAAUAUGAUUGUUAUUUGCAUUGUUUUUUCUCUUUAAAUAACGGUGAAUAUUCAAAUAGAAUAGAAUGGUAAUAAUGCAUUGUUGAUCAUAGAGGACUCAAAUUGGUAUGUAUUAGACAUGGUGAACUCGAAUCUAUUAUAUAUGAGCUUGAAAAAUACAAUUUUCAACUAUAGAAAGCUUACAACUCCUAAAACUAACAUACAUAACCUAAAACUAUCCAAUGUGGGUGUGGCCUUAUUGUAAUGACAAACAACUAAACCGAUCAAAUGCUAUCACCUUAUCUUGAAAAACAUCUAUACAUGUACAUACCUUGGGUUGAUUAAAGGGUGGCAUGUGCACGAUUUGCUUUUACGUCAAUACAACACCAUCUGCAAUCGGCAUUACACAACCUGUCAAUUGCUACAAUGGUUCACUAGUGUUCGAUAGACUUCGAUUUGAGAGAUUAGCUUGACACUGUACGUAGCCCAUAUGCACGACCUAUCAAGGCUUUUAUAUUAUCAGCUCAUCUUAAAAGAGACCUUCUCGACAUGAGACAAACUAUAUGAUAGAUCUAUUUUUGUAAUUCAUCAAUUUAAAAUUGUAAGUAAUAAGUUUAACAUACUAAAUAUACAUAUAGGACAGUCCAAUAGAGAUACUCUAACCAUGAGACCGACUAAUUUAAGAAUUCGCAAAUUCUUGUGUGAAACGCUAUUUAUACAUGGGAUAAAUAACCCAACCAAUAAUUAUUAGGAGAUAAACUUUUUAUUUUACAGUCGUUUCACUAAAACGGUCUUUUACAAAAAUAGCUUCAAGACUUGAGCGUAUACCAUUUCUACAGUCAGAAAUGCCCAUAAUCUGUAGGCCCAACAAAACAACCCUAAUGGAACAGGCCCAUUGAAUAUAAAAUAUUGAAAUCCUAAAUCGUCAUUGUCGGAUAAAUAAAACCCUUCUCUCUUCUUCACUCCUCUCUUAGCCAAUAGCCAUCACAAAUGUUUUGUUGUUGCAGGGUUGCAGUUUUUGGUUUAUUUAUGCUCUGUUUCACUUGACUCAACAUUCGUGCACAAAAUCUGCCUUGGAAUAUUGUAUUUUCAUUACAUGUAUAUCGUGUGAGUUCUACCAAGGGGCAAGGAAUACUCAUGUUGUAUUCAAGCUGAGGACGAAUAAGGGAAUUCAGAUUUGUGUCCGCCAAUUAAAAGCGGAAAAGAUGGCGGCAUUAUAUAGUCCGGCUUAUUUGAUAAUUAAAAAGGAAAAGAUGACGGUUGAGAUGAUUUACACGUAGAUUAUAGAUAUGAGUGAUCGGCUAACCUUAUUCUAAGUGCACCAUGAUCCCUUUUGCAUGAUCAUUUUAGUAAUGUCGUAACAGUAGUUGUUAACUGUUUGAGUAAUUAUUGGUAAUAUGGAAAAUAUAUCAAAUACUUUGAGAUUAACAGUAGCUACUUCAAAUGCUACCUCAAUAGAGUUUUACUUUUUCCUUGUACCCUUUUGUCAUUUUUAAUAUAUAUAAACCAAG